AUGAGAGGAGAUAAUCCUAUGCGUCGGAGAGAAAAUAAAAAUGGGGACCAAAAAGCUACUGAAGGCAUAUCGAAUGUUAUAAAUCCUAUGAUGAUGGCAAAUAUGUACCCUCAAGGAAAUAUGAUGAUGGGUGGCAUGUUUAACAUGAUGAUGCCCAAUCCAAUGAUGGCUGGAGGGAUGAUGCCUUCUAGCGGAAUGGAAAUGAUGCAGAGCACUGGUAUGGAGAUUAUUUCACAACCACCAAUAGAAAUUACCGCUAUGGGAACACAACCUUUAGCUGCUCCGUCUUUAACACCUUCAAUGGAAAUGGGUAUGAUGGGUGGUGUGAUGAUGGAUCCAUCCAUUAUGGGUAUGUUUCCAAAUAUGGGUAAUGAAAUCGUGCCAGAGAAGAAGGAAAUUGUCCUUAAACAUAGUAAGCUAUUAGCACCAGCCCCAGGAACGCCACAACCUCCUCGAAGGACCAGACCUCCGGGAUGUCGUACAAUCUUUGUUGGUGGUUUACCAGAAAAAAUAAGAGAGAAUGCUGUAAGAGAAAUAUUUGAGCGUUAUGGAAGAAUACAGAUAUUAAGGUUGUCCAAGAAAAACUUUUGUCACAUACGCUUUGAUAGAGAGAGUUGUGUGGAUGCAGCUAUGGUGAUAUCGGGGUAUAGGAUUAAAGUUUUGAACAAGGAAGGCGAUAAGGAAGAAGAGGAUAAUAAUGCAUCAAGUGGCUGGCUUCAUGUUGAUUACGCUUUGAGUAGGGAUGAUCAGAAUGAAUAUGAAAGACGUCAGCGUCUAGCGCUGCGUGUUCAACAACAACAAAUGCAACAGAUGUCGGCACAACACGAGGCUUUGAGUAACAGGAACGCUACGUACAGAAGGUCCCCUUCACCAGUCAGAAUACAACCCUUCUCAGCGACAGCCAUCGUACAGUUGACAGAGAAAAUUAAAAGUGAAGAACAUUUCGCUACCACACUUCCUACUUUGAUAUCGUGGCUGGAACGUGGGGAAUGUUCUAAAAAGAGCGCCAAUCAAUUCUAUUCUAUGAUCCAAGCUACAAAUUCUCACAUUAGACGACUUUUCAAUGAAAAAAUGCAGGCUGAAGAGGAACUACAGGAAUGCAAAGAGAGAGUGAAAAAUAAUAUACAGAAUGUGAUCGAUCAACUCGAACAGGUGGGGAAAGUGUUUAACGCAGCGACCCACCAGCGUGUGUGGGACCACUUCACUAAACCACAAAGGAAGAAUAUAGAAACGUGGCAGAAAAUGACGCAGGAGUUCAAUACAUUGAAGGAGGAGUUCAGUGAGAGGUUCUUUAAUGAUGAUUCGGAAUACAAUGGCACUAGUAAGGGAAGUUACGAUAGCAAUAACGAAGAUAUCAACCAGUUAAAGCGAGAAAAUGAGAGUUUACAAUUCCAAUUGGAAGCGUACAAAAAUGAAGUAGAAGUUAUCAAGAACGACGCACAAAAAGAAAUGGAGAAAUUUAAAGCACAAUUUAUAGCCCGACAAGCAUUGUUAGGGGCAAUGGAAAACAAACCUCCCCUACCGUCGUCAGUGUCGGAACAGCCCCCUCCUCCCCCUCCCCUGCCUGAUGACGCGGACGACUCCCUCAAGACGGCGACCGAGGUCGCGCCAGGCGAGGCCAGGCUUAUAGGAGUCAUGUCAGCCUUCUUACAGGUACACCCACGAGGAGCGAGUCUGGACUACGUGGUGUCGUACGUACGAGCGUUAUUCCCAAGUGUAACACAAGCAAUAAUACACCAUGUAUUACAGAAAUACGAAGACGUGUUUCAAAAGUCAACCAGCGGGGUCGGAGCUAAUAUUGAGAAUCGUUGGACCUUUGUAGCGUUCAAUAAUAAGACGUAG